CGCUGCGGUGGAAUGAGCGAGAGCCGCGGUCAGGCAGUGGUUUAGCAGUUAAGUCCUGCUGCUACCGCCGCAGCGAAAGCCUGCCUCGGGGUCCGGGAAUAACAGGACGCUUUAGUGCUGGGUCAGUAAACAGCAAGGCUGUUUGCCCACACCCUCUCUCUCUCUCAGCCCCAUCGCCUGGCUUGCGCGCGCGCACUCCAUGCGAACCGGCCGACUCCCGGGCUCGUGCAGCGCCGGCCGAAAUGUGGAUACCGACCGAGGAGGAGAAAUUUGGCGUCGUGAUAUGCAGCUUUCGUGCUUCAGUGCCUCAAGGGCUUGUGUUGGAAAUUGGAGAAACUGUUCAGAUUUUGGAAAAAUGUGAAGGAUGGUUCAGAGGAUUUGCAACCAAGAAGCCGACAGUCAAGGGCUUAUUUCCAGCAAGUUACAUUCACCUGAAGGCGGCUGUGGUCAGUAACCGAGGUCAGUUUGAAACAGUCAUUCCAGUGGAAGAUUCUAUUGUUACUGAAGUCACAGCCACAUUGCAAGAUUGGGUGCUGCUCUGGAAGCAACUGUAUGUGAAACACAAGGUGGAUUUAUUUUACAAACUGCGACAUGUAAUGAAUGAACUGAUUGACUUGCGGAGGCAGCUUCUAUCUGGUCAUCUUACCCAAGACCAAAUUCGUGAUGUCAAGCGACACAUCACAGUCCGCUUGGACUGGGGCAAUGAGCAAAUGGGCAUGGACCUGGUACCCAGAAAGGACUUUGAAAUGGUUGAUCCCGAACAGAUAAGUGUAGCAGAUCUCUAUAAACUGCACUUGUCCAGCAGACACAACAUACAGCAGAGUACCACACAGGCAGACACCAUGAGGCACCGUCACGGUGACACAUGCCGGAUCCCUGUUCCCCAUCAUCUCUUCUUGAACAUGAAGAGUUUUACCUACCAUACCAUUGGAGAGGAUACUGACAUCUUCUUCUCUCUUUAUGACAUGCGAGAGGGCAAGCAGAUCAGUGAGAGGUUUAUGGUGAGGCUGAACAAGAAUGGAAUGCCGAGAAACCCAGAGAAGAUAGACCGGCUAUGUGCAGUGUUUACGGAUCUAAGUAAUAAGGAUCUGAAGCGAGAUCUCUACAUUGUUGCUCAUGUCAUACGAAUAGGUCGAAUGUUAUCCAAUGAUUCUAAGAAAGGCCCCCCUCACGUACAGUACCGGCGCCCAUAUGGAUGUGCAGUGUUGAGUAUGAUGGAUGUUCUCCCAUCUAGUUCUGAACUCCGCGAGGAAAAGGAUUUUGUUCUAAAGGUUUAUACAUGCAAUAAUGAAAAUGAAUGGUAUCAAAUCCAUGAAAAUAUAAUUCGUAAAUCCAGCAACAAGUACACUGCAGCCAGCACGAAUUAUGGAAUGAUCAUUUCUCUCCAGCUGCUUCGCGGUGAUAUGGAUCACAUUCGCAGAGAGAAUCCUAUAAUCUUUAACCGGGGAGUGGCCAUCACCCGCAAACUAGGCUUCCCUGACGUCAUCAUGCCAGGUGACAUCAGGAAUGAUCUGUAUCUGACAUUGGAACGAGGGGAUUUUGAGAGAGGUGGAAAGAGUGUUCAGAAGAACAUUGAAGUAACAGUGUACGUUCUUUAUGCAGAUGGAGAAAUACUGAAGGACUGUAUCAGUCUUGGAUCUGGAGAACCCCCUAUAACUGAGCAUUGUUCCUUUGUGAUGUAUCACAACAACAGUCCACGAUGGGGUGAAAUCAUCAAACUGCCAAUUCCAGUUGACAAGUUCAGGGGUUCACACCUUCGAUUUGAGUUCAGACACUGCUCGACAAAAGACAAAGGUGAAAAGAAACUAUUUGGCUUUGCAUUUACGCCAUUAAUGCGAGACGAUGGUACAACACUUUCGGAUGACAGCCAUGAACUUUAUGUCUACAAGUGUGAUGAAAACAGCACUUUCAGUAACCAUGGAUUGUACCUGGGUCUCCCCUGUUGUAAAGAAGACUUUAAUGGCUGCCCCAACAUCCCAUCCAGUCUUAUAUUCCAAAGAAGUACCAAGGAAUUCUUCUGGAUCUCAACCCUACUCUCAUCCACUAAACUGACACAGAAUGUUGACCUCCUUGCCCUUUUGAAGUGGAAAGCACAGCCAGACAGAGUGAUGGACAUCCUGGGGAGGCUGCGUCACGUCAGUGGUGAAGAAAUAGUGAAGUUUUUACAGGACAUUUUAGAUACACUGUUUACAAUUUUAGAUGACAACACAGAGAAAUAUGGCUUGCUGGUAUUUCAGUCCUUGGUGUUCGUAAUAAAUUUGCUGCGGGACAGCAAGUAUUUUCACUUCCGGCCUGUGAUGGAUACCUACAUUAAGAAGCACUUCUCUGGUGCGCUGGCGUACAAGGAGCUAAUCCGAUGUCUGAAAUGGUACAUGGAUCGAUCUGCAGAAGUUGUGAGACAAGACCACAUUCAAGAGGCAAUGAGGGCCUUGGAGUAUUUGUUCAAGUUUAUUGUGCAGUCACGGAUCUUGUAUUCAAGAGCAACAGGUGGGAUUGAGGAGGAUCAGUUUCGUACCAGCAUUCAGGAGCUUUUUCAGUCCAUCCGCUUUGUCCUGAGUUUGGAUAGCAGAAGUUCUGAGACCCUCGUCUUCACACAGGCGGCUCUUCUCAACUCCUUCCCUGCAAUCUUUGAUGAGCUGCUGCAGAUGUUUACAGUGCAGGAGGUGGCAGAGUUUGUGAGAGGAACAUUGGGUAGCAUGCCCAGCACAGUGCACAUUGGUCAGUCCAUGGACAUAGUCAAGCUGCAAUCCAUCGCACGGACAGUGGACAGCCAUCUCUUUUCAUAUCCAGACUCCCGUCGGAUCCUGCUGCCUGUUGUUCUCCAUCAUAUUCAUUUGCACCUGCGGCAGCAGAAGGAGCUACUCAUCUGCUCUGGGAUCCUCAGCAGCAUCUUUUCCAUCAUGAAAUCAAGCUCCCUGGAAUACUCAAUAUCAGAAGAGGUAGAAAUGAUGGUCGAGAGUCUCCUUGAUGUCCUUCUACAGACCCUGCUUGCUAUCAUGAAUAAGUCCCAGAUGGCGGAGGCGGUAAGAGGACAGCGCUGCCCACAGUGCACAGCAGAGAUAACUGGUGAGUAUGUCACCUGCCUAUUGUCCCUGCUUCGACAAAUGGGAGAUAACCACUACCAACACUUGCUAGAUAAUUUCCAGAGCAAGGAGGAGCUCAAGGAUUUCUUCUUAAAAAUAUUCUGCGUGUUCCGUAAUUUAAUGAAGUUGAGCGUAUAUCCACGUGAUUGGAUGGUGAUGAGACUACUAACCAGCAAUAUCAUUGUUACCACUGUCCAAUACCUGUCUCCAGCAUUACACAAGAACUUCACAGAAACAGACUUCGAUUUUAAGGUGUGGAACUCGUACUUCAGUUUGGCUGUUCUAUUUAUAAAUCAGCCAAGCCUUCAACUAGAGAAUGCCACUCCCGCCAAAAGGAAGAAGAUUCUGGAUAGAUAUGGUGACAUGAGAGUGAUGAUGGCUUAUGAACUCUUCAGCAUGUGGCAGAAUCUGGGUGAAAAUAAGAUUCAUUUCAUCCCAGGAAUGAUUGGCCCCUUUCUGGGUGUGACAUUGGUGCCACAGAUUGAGGUACGGAAUGUAAUGAUCCCAAUCUUCCACGACAUGAUGGACUGGGAACAGCGAAAGAAUGGCAGCUUCAAGCAGGUGGAAGCAGAACUCAUCGACAAGCUGGACAGUCUGGUGUCAGAUGGAAAAGGAGAUGAAAAUUACCGUGAGCUUUUCAGUCUCCUUACCCAGCUCUUUGGGCCUUAUCCUAGUUUAUUGGAGAAGAUUGAACAAGAGACAUGGAGAGAGACUGGUGUUUCCUUUGUAUUGUCCGUAACUCGCCUAAUGGAGCGCCUGCUGGAUUACAGGGAUUGUAUGAAAGGGGAUGAUGCUGAAAAUAAGAAGAUUGGCUGUACUGUUAAUUUAUUGAACUUUUACAAAUCGGAGAUUAACAAGGAGGAGAUGUAUAUCCGUUAUAUCCAUAAACUGUGUGACAUGCAUCUACAGGCUGAUAAUUACACAGAGGCAGCAUUUACACUGAUGCUGUACUGGGAACUGCUUCAGUGGGAGGACAGACCCUUGCGGGAGUUUCUGCACUACCCAGCACAAAAUGAGUGGCAGCGCAAGGAAGGAUUGUGUCGCCAGGUUAUCAACUACUUCAACAAGGGGAAGUGCUGGGAGUAUGGGAUCCCUCUCUGUCGGGAACUGGCCAGUCAGUAUGAAGCCUUCUAUGAUUAUCACAGUCUGAGCUGGAUUCGGAAAAUGGAAGCAGCAUAUUAUGACAACAUAUUAGAACAGCAGCGCCUGGAACCAGAGUUCUUCAGGGUUGGAUUUUAUGGCAGGAAGUUUCCAUUCUACCUACGGAACAAGGAGUUUGUGUGCCGUGGUCAUGAUUAUGAGAGGCUUGAGGCUUUUCAGCAAAGGAUGCUGACAGAAUUCCCACAAGCCAUUGCCAUGCAACAUCUUAACCAGCCUGAUGAAACCAUCCUGCAGUCUGAUGCACAGUAUCUACAAAUAUAUGCAGUGUGCCCAAUUCCAGAGAAUGUGGAUGUUCUCCAGAUGGAGAGAGUUCCGGACCGAAUUAAGAGCUUUUAUCGCGUAAACAAUAUCAGCCACUUUCGAUAUGACAGACCGUUUCACAAAGGUUCAAAGGACAAAGAAAAUGAGUUCAAGAGCCUCUGGAUCGAACGCACAACCUUGACCCUCACACACAGCUUGCCUGGGAUCUCCCGCUGGUUUGAAGUUGAGAAGAGAGAAGUGGUGGAGGUGAGCCCUCUGGAAAAUGCUAUCUAUGUUGUGGAGAACAAAAACCAAGAGUUGAGAACUCUCAUCAACCAGUACCAGCACAAGCAGCUGCAUGCUAACAUUAAUCUGCUCAGCAUGUGUCUGAAUGGAGUGAUAGAUGCAGCAGUGAAUGGAGGAAUAGCCAGGUACCAGGAGGCAUUUUUCCAAAAGGAAUAUAUAGUGAACCAUCCAGAAGACAGUGAGAAAAUUAACCAACUGAAGGAACUGAUGCAGGAACAGGUUCAUAUUCUCGGAGUGGGAUUAGCAAUUCAUGAGAAGCUGGUACAUCCAGAAAUGCGGCCCCUGCACAAGAAGCUUAUAGAUCAGUUCCAGAUGAUGAGGUCCAGCCUUUGUCAUGAUCUUCCUGGAAUGGACAAGAUCAGCCCUGUUUGCUCUGGUUCCAGCACGCCACGUGGAAGCCUCAUGUCUGGCCAUAAUCCCAUGAGUCCAGAAACUAUCAAGCUCAUGCAUAGGCACAGCCCCCUGAAUCUGAUUGGCUCCAACAGGCACUCCUCAUCCUCACUAUCCUCACAAACAUCCAGUGAAGUUGGGAACCUCGUCAUCCUCACAGAUGGACUAGUUGGAGAAACCCCAGAUGACCUUUACCGCAUGCAGCUUGCUUAUGCUAACCCCAAGUUCCAGGGCUCCAUGACGAAUGUCUCUGUUUUGUCAUCGUGCCAGGCAAGUCCAUCCACCUCUAGCCUGAGUUCCACGCACUCUGCCCCUUCACAGAUGAUCAACUCAGCCCCAUCAAGCGCUCGAGGUUCUCCAUCAUUGUCUGAUAAGUACCGUCACUCACGGGACAUUAUGAUGUUGCUGCCUCCUCACAGGGACAGGCCCAGCAGUGCCAUGUAUCCAGCUAUGAUGGAGAAUGGACAACCUUCUAGUUUCCAGCGGGCUUUGAUUCAACAAGUGGUCGGACCCUGCAAACCGUGCAGUGACCCCAACCUCUCAGUCGCUGAAAAGGCGGUGCCUGCAGCUCCCAGUUGCUGGAGUCUAGACAGUGGAACCAGAGAUACAGUACCAUUCUUGUCAGCACAUGUGGGCACCAUUGUUGCACCUCCAGUACCACCUCGCACAUUACCACCUGGUCAUUUCUCUAUGAAUUUUGAUGCCUUCCAUCAUCAGACCAGUGAUAUGCCACCUGCCUUACCUGCACGAACCCUACGUAAGUCUUCACUGCAUCCUAUACCUGCAUCACCUACUAGCCCUCAUUCAGGUCUUGAUGGCAGCAACUCCACUUUGUCUGGCAGUGCAAGCAGUGGAGUAUCCUCUCUGAGUGAAAGCAACUUUGGCCAGUCGAUGGAGCCACCACGUGCUGACACUAUAGAUUCUGUCCCCAGUCAGACCUGGAACCCAGAUGAAGAUGGGGAGUCCCCUUACAUACCAGUGAGGUACAGCCUGUCCGAGCCAGACGUCAUUGAAUCGAUCAAAGCUCACCCAUGCCGCAGCCACUCUGCUCCUACAGGGGUCAUUCCUAAGGAAUCUUUGGAGACCCCAGUCUUGCCCCCAAAACCAUAUCACCCCAGGCCUGCAUACACAGACAAUGAAGAAAUACUUGAAGAAGAGAGCAGGCCAAAGAGUUUCACAUGCAAACUGUCUCAAUCUGGCCUAAGUGGUAAAGAUGACCAGGCCAAAGUACCAUGGGAACAUAGCAUCAAUCAAGAAUAAGUCACAAUGGGUUCUGAAAAUUAAGGUGUUCACUGGUUCAUCCUACAGGUGGCAGCCACCUCUGUUUACUGUAAACAGACAUUUCUUUGAGAAAAUAACUGCUUUGAUUCUGAGAAAGGAGGUCUUUCUGUUUAGGGCCUGGCUGUUCUAUGAUUGCAUUUUACAGCUAAGGAGUAUUGAAAUGUGGCGAAAAGUAUUCAAGCCUUCAAACCCAAAUUGAGAAUAUUUUCUGUCACAAUCAUGCAUUUCACUUUGAUUAUUGGAAAGUAAAGAUGAAUUUACAAGGAUUCUAUAUUCAAAUGGUAUUUGUCAUUUCAUUAAGUGCCCACUGAUUACCUCCAUUUUGAUUUCCUUGUAUGUAUAUUCUAUUUUUUAGUCUGCUGGUCAAGAAAUGUUUAUAUUUCUGUGCUCAGUCUCACAUCCAUGACACUUCACUUUUGCUAAUAAUUGUGUGUAAAAUUAUGCCACUAAGGUCGCACACUUACUUUAAGGACUGUUCCUAAAGAGGAGGAAAGAAUUGUCAUUACAACCUGAAAAUGAUGUAUAAGAGUGCAUCAACAUGAUAAGACUCUGCUGAGUUCAGAAGUGGUACAUAUACAAUUAGCAUAGAAUUCGCCUUAAUGUGCAUUAGUGGUGAAGAAUUUCAAGUUUGAAGUUCAUUAAAAAUGCAGAUCAGUUAAUUUGCUCAAAUGAAAAAAUUGGCAAUUUAACUUUUUUGGGUUUUUUUUAUUACUGGCUCCUGUGCACUGGGUGAUAAAUCAAGUUUAUUUGAAUUUAUAUAAAAGUGGGCAGUAUUAUAUACUAUCCCAAUCACUGAGUUCCUUCUGAAUGACAAAUCACAACAUUCUAACAAAACAGACCCUAUAAAAUGCAAAAAUUGAAGUGUAUUAAUGUUUUUUUUAACUACUUUGCAGUGAGUUCCUAUAACCCCCAACCAAGCACCAAUUCAGCCAAUCUUUUUAUAGUCCAACAUCAUUUUCUAGAAGAAUUCAUGUUAGAAAUCCACAUUUGUUUUACCAAAUGCUUUUGAAACAAUCCUUGAAUUACCUAUCCUAUAAAACAGUAAAUGAAACAGCAUGGUGUCUCAUUCUCUGAUUGUACUGUCUGGUAUAGUGUCAACAUUUCAUAGACCAGUAGGUGUGAUUCAUGUGCUGAGGUAGCCAAAAUCAGGCAAAGUUAGAUUUCUGAUGCUACUGGUAAACAGUACUACAAAGACAAGGAAAUAAAGUCCUGAAGAAUAUUCAGUCACUAUAGCUGUAAGUCCAGGAUUAAAUCUGCACCCCCCUACAUGAGAGAAUUAGCAACAAACCCUGUCUGCACUGUCAGGGAUUUGAUACAACAGUAACAGGAGCUCCUUCAGGAGAGUACUCCUGGAACAGUAGCCCAGUAUGCCACACUUCAAAGGAGGGCCCCAGUGAUAGCCAGCUACCUCAGGAGAGGUCCCUGUAACAUUAAGUGCCAGCUUGUUUUGGGGUGAGGAGAAAGCUGGCACAAAACAAAUGACAAAUACUUUUUGUACUAAUUUUGUGACAAGACUGCCUUUACACAUUCCCUUCAAGUUCCAGAAACCAAUAUUUCAAUAUUAUGUCCAUUUAAAAUAUAGAUUAAAAAAAUGCUGUUUAUCUCCAUCUAGAUCGGAUGCUUAGACAAACUAUUUCAGUCCCUUGACUAGCCCAUGGCAUUUGAUUUAAAGUUAAAUGCUAAUAGAGAAAGUAUACCAGAUUCCAUUAUUCCCAUAGUGCACCAGUGAUGUGGGUUUUUAACAGAGAGUUGCUGACAUUGGGAUUGGCAGAUAAUCGCACAUACUGGGUUUAUGGCCAUAGCUUUGAAAAUAUGAAAAGCUCCCAGAUAAACAAAAGGCACAAAACAAGUAAUUUCAGAACGGAGAACAUCAGCCUUCAUUUUACUACUGCUGACAUUAGUGGGCAAAGCUGUUCAUUGUGUGGACACAGGCAAAAGUGUUAUUUAAAAUAGGUUUGCACUCUCCUUACAACAGGACAAGACUACACAAUUGUAUCUCUUACUUCAAAUCACUAUUUUUACCUGCAGGCCGAGACCUGUUCAGAAUAAACUACUAUUAAUAAUAAACUAACAAUGUUACUAACAAGUUCCAUCAGGAUCUUCUUUUAAUAAAGUGAACUGAUUUUUGUGACAGAGAAAUAGUAUUUAUAACAGUUUGGUUGUUCCUGAUAUAGAUUAAAGCUACCACUAAAUCUGUGGAUGUUUCUCAGCAGGUGAGUACACUGGGCACAUUGAAUUGAUUAAUACUGAGCUGUCCCAUUCUCACUUCUGUUGAUUUUAUUGAUCACAGCUAGAGCAACAUUGGCAGUGUUAUAUUUGAUUCCUGGGACUAUGUGGUUGAAAUAGCUUAGAGCACCUGCUUACUAUCUGCAAACCCAGUUGAGAGAUCUGUAAAAAGAGCAAUCGGGUUUGGGUUCUGUUGUGUUCUGAUCCUGCCAAAACUUGAGAUUGAAUUCUUCCAAUGGUCUUGGGCCUUUCAAUCAAACUGUCCCGAUUCAUCACAUGACUGGUGAUAUUAGUCAGACAGGCCAGUUUGUCUGGUGUGAGAAAUGGAAGAAUGUCAUACUUACAGUGAGGAAUGCUCCUUUGACAUUAAGGAUAAAGCCCUUUCUUGAGGCAGAAUAAAAUUAGCACUGGCUCUGCGGUCCCUUACUGAGAGAGGUUGAUACUAACGCUGGGUGCUUGAGAUUGGAACUGUACCAUUAACAUCUCUUACUUUAUCAUAAACUUAUGAAAUUAUUUACCUAUUCCAGUUUGAUUCUUGUGCCCUACCACUGAUGACUGCUCUAUGCCACAAGCUAUCUAUCCAUUGAAGGCAUUAGUGACAAGCCAUUCCAUCCACAUCCCUGCAUGUCGACAUUUCCCUGUAGAGACCCCCCCUUUCUCAAUGCAGGGCUCUUAAUGGCAUUGUCAGAAGCCUAUCAUCACCCUGACAGAGAUUAGCACAUUCAGAGAGCAGGAAUUAAACCCGGCCCUUCCCACCAUGUUGCUCCAAUAACUCACCCAGCAAAGGAUUUACUAAUCACACCAUCAGGAGUCUUGAACUGAUUAUUUUGCCUAAACCAGGCUAAUAAUGAAAACAUAUUAGGAAAUAUAAACAGGUGCAGAUUUGUAGUUUGAAAAGAUGAAUAUUCCUUUCGUUCAAUCCUAUGCUGAUCAUAUUCCAUUAAGUGGGAGUAGAAAAUAAAAUCUAUUACCAUUAUAAGUUUGUCCUGCUUAUGAACAUUUUGUACAGUUGGUACAGCUUCAGAAUACUCUACAACCAGUCUACUGUCAUUUCAAAACUUUGACUAUCGUUCCUAGUUUCACUUAGUAUGUUUUUGAAAUGUCUUCACAAUACACGCAGAGUGAUUUGCAGAAAAACACAAGCAAUGAUAUGUCCUCAUUGCUCUUGGUACACCUACAACAGACACUUCACAUUCUAAUCAUAUCCCAACUGUUUCUAGUUGUGUGGAAAUUAGGAUUUGUUUCCCUACACCAUAAUCUACAUAAAGAUGAAUUGCAGUUUAAAGCAUUAUAAAGCCCUUUCCUUACAAACCACAACGCAGCAAGGACAAAGAUACAGGACAAAUACUUUAUAGCAGUUUGAGAUCCUCCAAGACAGACUUUGACAACUUAUUGAUGAAAGAACUGGAGCACUUUCAGAGAAAUCAUUCAAAACGCAGAGGUUAUGUAGGUAGUUUGCACUAUCCCUACUAACAUCUGAACUUAAGAUUUCAUGUUCUAUUGGGGUGUAGGAUAUUGUAAAGUGUGCAAUUGAGAGUGACUUGUAAGUAAAGUAAAAGGUUCUGCUAGGUUACAAUUCAGAAAGACAAGUUUCAGUAUUAUCAAAGAAUAGCUAAAAUUUGAUAUAAACGGUGAAGAGAAUUUAAAGUUAUUGUGAUUCUAUGCGUAUCAAUAUGUACCCUAUGGUCUAAUUCACAUUCUAUUGAUGGUAAUAAUGGGGGCUGGACACUAUAAGACCAUAUAGUCUUGAAUAUCCUUAAAUAGGUCUCAAGGAUGAAGAAUUGCAACUCAUCACUCUUACAAUGAGACAGUCUCCAGGCUACUGGUAAAUGCUAUCCUUUCCCUCAGAGUGAAAGACAGAGAGGGCUGUUUAAUUAAAUCUUCAAAUAUAUUACAAUAUCUAUCCAGCAUUGGAAUGCUACUUGGAAACGGUGUGGUCCAUGUAAAAUAUGAAAAGGCAACUGAAAUACAGGAGAAUUGUUGGCCUCAUUCAUCUCAGUGCCCAGUGCUGCAGAGAACAAACAUGCCCAGUAAUCAUGUGCAUUCAGAGCAGUCAAUGGCCCCAUCCAUUUAUUGGAUGUUUUUAUUUGGGAUGUUGGUAGGACAGAAAACCUAAUCUUUUAGAAAAACACAAAUUUAAUUUUUUAAACUUAUUUUUGCUCAAACUUGUUUCUAGUGUGCCCAUCCAAGUCAAGAAUUCCAUUGAGAUUUUGUGAAAAAGAAAAUGAAAUGUGAAAAGACUCUGUAAAGUAAUAAAUUUGAUGUAUAACAACAGUAACAUGCCUCGUAAAAGGCAGUUAUUUAAUAUUUACCUAGCUAUUGCAGUGCUUUCUUCGCAGUACACAAGCUAUGGAGUGUGUCCUGUAACUAAAGCAUGCCAACUGUAUUUUUGUGAGCCUUGUAAUUUACAGUCCUGUUUUCUGUACAGCAAUGUUUCAAAUGAUGGAGUUUAAACUGCCUGUUGUCACCAUGGGUUUCUCUGAUUUUAAACCCAUUAGCGUUACCGCAGUGAUGUAAAGCUGUUUUCCCCUUUGCCCCCUUCCAAAUUAUGUCUGCCUUUAUUGAACCAUGUCAGUGCCGAGUAAUCCCACUCCUUGUACAAAUCUUCCCUUCUCAAUGCUGUGUAUUUAUCAAUUUUACAAAAAAGGAUGAAGGGAAAGACCUCUGAUGAAGUGUGGGCCUAUGUUGUGAAGGAUUUACCUUUAACACUGAAUUCCCAUUCUGUGGCUUUUCAUGAUCUUCACUAUGCACCCAUGACAGUGGAUAUUUGAGCUAAACAGUCAGUAACUAAUCACAGCUACCACUUCUGCAACAGGCUUGGGAAAGCUAGGCUGGAGCUGGAAAGUUCUACUUGGGCACAGAUGAGUCUCUGCCAAUCAACAUAAUCCUUGCAAUGGAUGUAGCAGAAUGACACAUUCAUUCUACUUUCAGUAAACUUCUUGAGGAGGUUAAGGGAGGAUUUUUAAAGCCAAAUUGGUUUUAUAGGUUGGGUGAACAAUAUGGUGGUUUAAAAAAAAGCAGAUGAUAAUAAUGAUAAUUGACCUUUCAUCAGGCCCAUGGUUAGGUUCAGUUCAGCUCCAUUUUUUUGUGUACUAAAUAGGACUGCCCUUUACCAUUUUUGUAAGGGGAGCAGCAAGGAAACAUUGGUGAAAGUACAUAGUGGGAUUUUACUGUAUAUAUUGUGUUAGCAUGUCAGAAUAUGUGAUGUGAAUUUUAGAUGUAAAUACUGCCAGUUAGUUUUCCUAUCCACCAAAUUGUUGUUAUGUGUAAUUCCUUAAUGCCUAAAAUUAAAGCCUUGAUUUAACCAGUAAUUCUGUGUCUGUCUUUGAGUUGGAUGCCAAUUUUUUCCCCAUACAGCUGAAGUAAUGAAAGGAAAAGCACAAUUGGCCAAAAGUUGAGUAUCACAAAUUCAAACCAGCUACAACACAAAUACAAUGAGUAGGCCCAUUACUCAAUGAUAAAUAACAUAAAAUUAUUUCUUGCUGUUCGAUGAUUUGACUAGUUUUGGGGGUCAUAUAAGAUUAUUUUUUUCCCUCUGGGAAAUAGACUACUACGGCACGGGAACAGGCCCUUCAGCCCACGAUAUUGUGCUGAACUUAUUAAAGUAGUAAUUAAAUGCCUAAAUAAACUAAUCCCUUCUGCCUACACAAUGGUCAUACCCCUCCAUUCUCUGCACAUUCAUGUACUUAUCUAAAAACCUCUUAAACACCUCUAUCAUAUCUGCCUCUACCACCACCCCUGGCAGCACAUUCCAGGCAUCCACCAUUCUGUGUUUAAAAAAAACUCAACAGCACCUCCUUUGAACUUAGCCCCUCUCACCUCAAAUGCAUGCCCUCUAUUCUGACCCUGGGAAAAAGAUACUAUCUAUGCUUCUCAUAAUCUUAUA